AUGCAGUUCUAUGCGGACCAUGCAUCUUUCUUCCCACCCUUUUUCUAUGUGGCCAACUCCACCCAUAUUCCACCUAGUAGAGUGGCAAAACAUUUAAACUACUUUGCUUACGUUAUCUAUUCGAUUAUCUCUUUUUAUAAUGUUUCAUGUGCAGCUGACUUGAUGGAGCUCGACAUGGCCAUGGAGCCGGAUCGCAAGGCUGCAGUCAGCCAUUGGCAGCAACAGUCUUACCUGGACUCAGGUAUCCACUCUGGGGCCACAACCACUGCCCCAUCCCUGAGCGGCAAGGGCAACCCAGAGGAUGAGGAUGUGGAUAAUCAGAUGCUGUAUGAGUGGGAGCAGGGCUUUAACCAGUCCUUCAACCAGGAGCAGGUAGCAGACAUUGAUGGUCAAUAUGCCAUGACCAGAGCCCAGAGAGUCCGGGCGGCCAUGUUUCCUGAGACUCUAGAUGAGGGCAUGCAGAUACCUUCCACACAGUUCGACUCUGCCCACCCUACCAAUGUCCAGCGCCUGGCCGAGCCCUCACAGAUGCUCAAGCAUGCCGUGGUCAACCUCAUUAACUACCAGGAUGAUGCAGAGCUGGCCACCCGCGCCAUUCCAGAACUCACCAAACUACUGAACGAUGAGGAUCAGGUGGUGGUAAAUAAGGCAGCUGUGAUGGUGCACCAGCUCUCAAAGAAGGAGGCCUCUCGUCACGCCAUCAUGCGAUCCCCACAGAUGGUGUCAGCCAUUGUGAGGACCAUGCAGAACACUAGUGAUGUAGAAACGGCACGCUGCACCUCCGGCACCCUGCACAAUCUUUCCCACCACAGAGAAGGCCUGCUCUCCAUCUUCAAAUCGGGAGGCAUUCCUGCCCUUGUCAAAAUGCUUGGUUCCCCAGUGGACUCCGUACUGUUUUAUGCCAUUACAACUCUACACAACCUCCUACUGCACCAGGAAGGAGCCAAGAUGGCUGUCCGUCUGGCCGGAGGCCUGCAGAAAAUGGUAGCCUUGUUAAACAAAACAAACGUCAAAUUCCUCGCCAUCACGACAGACUGCCUUCAGAUUCUGGCAUACGGCAAUCAGGAGAGCAAACUUAUCAUUCUGGCCAGUGGAGGCCCACAGGCUCUGGUCAACAUCAUGAGGGCCUACACAUAUGAGAAACUGUUGUGGACCACCAGUCGAGUGCUCAAAGUGCUGUCUGUUUGCUCCAGUAACAAACCAGCCAUCGUUGAGGCUGGUGGCAUGCAAGCACUUGGCCUUCACCUCACAGACCCCAGUCAGCGACUGGUACAGAACUGCUUGUGGACUUUGAGGAAUCUCUCGGAUGCUGCAACCAAACAGACGUCUUUAGCAGAAGUAGAUGUGCAGGAGGGUAUGGAGGGGCUCUUGGGUACCUUGGUCCAGUUGCUUGGUUCAGAUGAUAUCAAUGUGGUGACGUGUGCUGCUGGAAUCCUGUCCAACCUCACCUGCAACAAUUACAAGAACAAGAUGAUGGUGUGCCAAGUGGGCGGCAUCGAGGCCCUUGUGCGCACUGUUCUUCGUGCUGGAGACCGAGAGGACAUCACAGAGCCUGCUAUCUGCGCUCUCCGUCACCUCACAUCCAGACAUCAGGAUGCAGAGAUGGCCCAGAAUGCAGUGCGGCUGCACUAUGGGCUGCCGGUGGUGGUCAAAUUGCUCCACCCUCCCUCACAUUGGCCACUCAUUAAGGCCACAGUUGGGCUUAUCCGUAACCUGGCACUGUGUCCCGCCAACCAUGCCCCGCUCAGAGAGCAGGGUGCCAUUCCCCGCCUGGUGCAGCUUCUGGUCAGGGCCCAUCAGGACACUCAGAGACGCACCUCCAUGGGUGGAACACAGCAGCAGUUUGUGGAGGGUGUGCGUAUGGAGGAGAUUGUGGAGGGCUGCACUGGAGCUCUGCACAUUCUAGCCAGAGACAUUCACAACAGAAUUGUCAUCAGAGGACUCAACACUAUUCCACUGUUUGUUCAGUUGCUGUAUUCUCCCAUCGAGAACAUCCAGCGUGUAGCUGCAGGUGUACUGUGUGAGCUGGCUCAGGAUAAGGAGGCAGCUGAGGCCAUCGAGGCAGAAGGAGCCACCGCUCCUCUCACAGAGCUCCUCCACUCUAGAAACGAGGGUGUUGCUACGUACGCUGCUGCAGUUCUGUUCCGUAUGUCUGAGGAUAAGCCCCAGGACUACAAGAAACGACUGUCUGUGGAGCUCACCAGCUCUCUGUUCAGAACUGAGCCCAUGACCUGGAACGAGACUGGAGAUCUAGGGCUGGACAUCGGUGUGCAGGGAGAGCCUCUGGGCUACAGACAGGACGGUAAGUUCAUUAUCAGAAAUGAGAUCAGCUCUCAGCAUCUGGGUGUGAAUACUCACUAAUCCACUGCUUCAUCA